AAAAAUGGCUUCCGAGAGUACUGGAACCCAUAAGGAUCUUGUCACAGGAGAAAUGGUCUCCAAGCAGGAGCUCAAGCGUCGCGAAAAGCAGAGAGAGAAAGAUCGCAGGAAGGCCGAAAAGGCUGCAGCUGCACCUCAGCACUCUGAGGGCCAGGCAGAGUCCUCUCGAGUCAAUGAGGAUGACCUCAAUCCAAACCAAUACUUCGAACUUCGCUCGCGUCAUAUCCGCAAGCUCAAGGAGACUAUGAGCCCUAAUCCCUACCCUCACAAGUUCGAGGUCACGCUAUCGCUUUCGCACUACAUUGAAAAGUAUGGUCCUGACGGCAAGAUCAAGCCCGGAGAGAAGAUCGAGGGCACUGUCGAAUGCCUCGCGGGACGUAUUCACAAUAUUCGCGCGUCUGGCCAAAGUCUGCGUUUCUACGAUCUCCACGGCGAAGGCCAGAAGGUGCAGAUCAUGGCGGUCAAGCAAGACGCCAAGGACCCAGAAGGUUUCGUCGCGCAACACGAGCACUUCCGUCGUGGUGACAUUGUCGGUGUCAUCGGAACCCCGGGACGUACCAAGAAGGGCGAGCUCUCAAUCGUUCCUGCAGAAAUGAUUCUCCUUGCACCAAACCUACACCAACUGCCAUCGGGCCACUUCGGCCUUAAGGACCAGGAAACGCGCUACCGUAAGCGCUACCUGGACCUGAUCCUCAACGAGGAUACAAGGCGCAUUUUCAUCGCUCGUAGUCGCAUCGUCAACUAUAUCCGCCGGUUCUUCGACAACCUCGGCUUCCUCGAGGUCGAGACGCCGAUGAUGAGCAUGAUCGCUGGUGGCGCAACCGCGAAGCCGUUCAUCACGCACCACAACGACCUCGACCUCGAUCUGUACCUCCGUAUUGCCCCCGAGCUGUAUCUGAAGGAGCUCGUCGUUGGUGGUCUGGACCGAGUGUACGAGAUCGGGCGUGUGUUCCGCAACGAGGGCAUCGACCUGACGCAUAACCCCGAGUUCUCGAUCUGCGAGUUCUACAUGGCGUAUGCAGACAUGUACGACCUCAUGGACAUUACCGAGAGCCUGAUCGAGGGUCUCGUCAAGUACCUCACAGGCGGAAAAACGACGCUGACGUUCCAUCCCGAGGGUAGGGACAGCGAGAAGGUUUACGAGCUAAAUUUCAAGCGGCCAUGGCCGCGAUACGACAUGAUCACGACGCUAGAGGAGAAGCUUGGGGUGAAGUUCCCGGCGGGGGAGACCUUGCACACUGGAGAGGCAAAUCAGUUCUUGCGCGAGCUUUGCCGGAAGCACAACGUGGAGUGUAGCGAACCCCGGACGAACGCGCGCCUGCUGGACAAGCUCGUCGGCGAGUAUAUCGAGCCUCUUUGCAUCUCCCCUGCCUUUAUCGUCGGUCACCCGCAGGUAAUGUCGCCGCUCGCCAAAUACCACCGGUCACGGCCUGGUCUCUGCGAGCGCUUUGAAGGCUUUAUGUGCGGGAAAGAGUUCUGCAAUGCUUACACCGAGUUGAAUGAUCCGUUCGAGCAACGGCUGAGGUUCGAGGAGCAGGUUCGGCAGAAGGAGCAGGGUGAUGACGAGGCACAGGGUAUCGAUGAGACAUACGUUGACGCUCUGGAGCACGGUCUCCCGCCGACGGGCGGGUGGGGCAUCGGUAUCGACCGCCUGGUAAUGUUCCUGACCGACUCAGCCAAUAUCAAGGAGGUCUUGUUAUUCCCUGCGAUGAAGCCGAUCGAGACUACGACCAACACCGCGGGCCCCGUCGGGCCCUCUGGACAGGUUUAGACGUCCGUGGCAGCACACGUUCUGCCUGCACAUAUUGUACUACCGGUCUUUUGGCCGAGCUAGAUCCAAAAAUCAAAAGUAGAUUCUGUUUAUACAUCGGCUGGAUGAACGUCGCUAUCCGGGCGAUUAGUCAGCCAAGGUCCC